CCGCCGCCGCUGAAGGACGAGCCGCAGAUCGUGCCCGAGGUGCCGAGCUUCGGAGAGAGCCCUCCGCUGUCCCCCAUCGAUAUGGACACGCAGGAGCGCAUCAAAGCGGAGCGGAAACGGCUGAGGAACCGCAUCGCCGCCUCCAAGUGCCGCAAGAGGAAACUGGAGCGCAUCUCCCGCCUGGAGGAGAAGGUGAAGAGCCUCAAGAGCCAGAACACGGAGCUGGCCUCCACCGCCAGCCUGCUCCGCGAGCAGGUGGCCCAGCUCAAGCAGAAGGUGCUCAGCCACGUCAACAGCGGCUGCCAGCUCCUCCCGCAGCACCAGCACCAGGUGCCGGCGUACUGAGGGCCGACGGAACCCCCCGGGCCCGCGCGGCGGCCGAAGGACCGAAGGACCCAAUCGCUUCUCCCCCCACCCCCAUCACCGGGCCUGGCGGCGGACCGAGGGGAACCGGGGGAGAAGCGCGGAUUGUGGGGGGAAGCGGCUAUGCACAGCGCCCCCAUGUGGGUUGGGGGACUGUCGGACUGAGGGGCUCCUGAGGGCGCCCCCCUGUGGGCUGGGGGACUUCUGCCCCCAUCUCGGACCUGGGGGGGCAGAAAGACUGAGGGGUUUUUUGGGGUGACCCCGUUCUCUGCCCCGCAACGGACUUUGAGGGGCCCCCCGAGCGCGGUUUCCCCCGCGCCGAGCGGCGUGCGGUUUGCAGGGCCCCGCGAGGCCUCUGCCCCGCCACAUUCCAUUGAGGCCCCGCAGUAAAAACGCCGCUCAGGAUC